CUAGACCUUCAUUCCAGUAGGCUCUCUGGCUUCAUUUCUCCACACAUCGGCAAUCUCACCUUCCUGAAGAAGCUCGACCUCCACAACAACACAUUCCACGACGCAAUCCCGCCCGAAAUUGGCCGGCUACGCAGAUUGCGGACUCUGUUUCUAUACAACAACUCGUUGGGCGGCGAGAUUCCGUCCAACAUCUCGGGAUGCUCUGCUCUAGCCGAGGUCCAUGUCAGAAAUAACAAAUUGGUGGGAAGCCUACCUCGGCAGCUCGGCUUCUUGUACGGGCUUCAAUUCUUUCACGCAGGAGGAAACCGUCUAACAAGUGGAAGAGUUCCUGAGGCUCUAGGAAAACUGAAGAAGAGCCUUGAGGAACUGCUGUUGCAUCGUAAUUACUUAGACGGUGAAAUCCCUUCUUCCAUUUUCAAUCUUACUCUCCUUACACUUCUCUCCCUUGGAGAGAAUCGACUCCACGGAAACCUUCCGUGGAAUAUGGCAACAUUACUUCCGAAUCUUGAGAAUUUUUACGUGCCUUUUAACCAACUCACUGGUAGUCUUCCACCUUCUUUGUCCAAUGCCUCGAGUAUGGUCCAACUUCAACUGCAGGUCAACAAUUUUACAGGGAGCGUGCCUAGUAUGGCUAGCUCUCACAACCUUCUGCGUUUAAACAUUGCCGAAAACUUCCUUGGAAGUGGCAAGGUUAACGGUGAUGAUUUGGGUUUCCUUUCUACCUUGACAAAUGCAAGAAAAUUGCAAGCCCUAGUCAUCAGCAUCAAUAAUUUUGGAGGCAACUUACCGGAGCAAAUUGGCAACUUGUCAUCGAGCAUUGAGAUACUCGUGUUGGACAACAACCAGAUAUCAGGAAGCAUCCCAGAGGGCUUACAAAACCUUGUCAACUUGGAGGUUCUUUUGGCGAAUGGGAACAAGCUCUCAGGUGCGAAAUCACUAUCAAUUAUUGGGAACAUGCAGAGCUUAGUGCAGUUGCGUUUGGACAACAACGACAUUGCUGGAUAUGUUCCUUUGUCUAUUGGAAACUUGAAUAGAUUGCUUGUAUUGCGCUUGGCUAAUAACUAUCUAGACGGAGGAAUUCCUACUGCUAUUCAAAACUGCAAAAGUUUGAAACUUUUGGACUUAUCAAACAACAAUCUUAGUGGAGUCAUUCCCACACAACUCAUGGGUCUUACUUCUUUGUCCAUGGGGUUGAACUUGUCCUACAAUCAUUUCACUGGCAGCAUCCCCAUCGAAGUGGAAAAUCUAAAGAACUUGGGCUCCUUGGAUCUAUCCCAUAACAUGUUAUCAGACAGCAUUCCUAGAAGCCUUGGCAAAUGUGUCAGCCUAGAGUCCGUGCGAUUGCAAGCCAACCUCCUCCGAGGAACGAUUCCUUUGUCAUUGGAUUCGUUAAGAGGUAUUCGACUAUUUGAUCUUUCAAACAAUAACUUAUCUGGUCAAAUUCCAAAAUUCUUUGAGCAGAUGCAUUCUCUACAACUAUUGAAUCUGUCUUACAAUAAGUUUGAGGGUGAAGUGCUAACGGAGGGAGUUUUGAAUAAUAGUAUAAUCAUUUUAGUCAUUGGAAAUGUCAAUCUUUGUGGAGGUUUGCCUGGACUUAACCUUCCACCUUGUAACUUAAGACGACCUAAGAAGAGACUGAGCUAUAAGUGGAAGGUUUGUAUAUCAACAGUCUCUAGUAUGAUAUUGUUGAUCUUCAUUGCUUCUUCCUUGCUUGUCUUUUGGAUGAAAAGUAAAGGAAAACAACAUAUAGUUUCGAGUGGCGAUGAUUUCCACACUCGAGUAUCUUACCAAAGUCUCCAUAAAGCUACAAACGGUUUCUCCACAACAAAUCUUAUUGGUGUAGGCAGCUUUGGUUCCGUGUACAAGGGAGUUGUUAACAUUAAUGGAGAAGAGAUCACAAUAGCUGUUAAGGUAUUCAAUCUUCAGCAUAGUGGAGCUUCCAAGAGUUUUAUGACAGAAUGUGAAGUAUUAAAGAAUAUCAGACACAGAAAUCUUGUGAGGAUUUUGACGGUAUGUUCGGGUGUUGACUAUCAAGGGAAUGAUUUCAAGGCUCUAGUCUAUGAGUUUGUGGUUAAUGGAAGUUUGGAAAAUUGGUUGCAUCCAGUGGAAAGUGUUGAUGACCCUCCAAGGCAUCUAAAAUUUCAUCAACGGCUAAAUGUUGCCAUUAAUAUAGCAUCUGCACUAGAUUAUAUUCACAACCUUGGUGAAACGCCUAUUGUUCAUUGUGAUCUUAAACCCGAUAAUGUUCUCCUCGAUGAGGAUAUGGUAGCUCAUGUUGGUGAUUUUGGAUUAGCAAGAUUUCUUGAAUCACCAGGUGCCAAUCUCUCUUUGAAUGGCGAGACAUCCAGCUCCAUUGGCAUAAAAGGAACUGUGGGCUAUGCUCCUCCAGAAUAUGGUAUGGGAAAUGAAAUUUCGAUCGAAGGUGAUAUGUACAGUUUCGGGAUCCUCCUACUUGAGAUGUUCACUGGAAGAAGGCCAAUCGAUGAAUCUUUUAGUGAUGGCGUGAACCUUCAGAAUUUUGUGAACACUGCUUUAUUAGGACAAGGAUCGCCAAUCUCAAAAGUUGUGGAUCCAAUUCUACUCAAUGAAAUACUACAUGGUCGAAUCCCCGAGAAAGCUCUAAUUUCCAUUUUAGAAAUUGGUGUUGCUUGCUCUUUUGACUCCCCGCAAGAGAGACUAAAUAGCAGUGAAGUUUUGACAAGGCUAAACAGGCAACUUGCUUUAUUGAUGAUUUUCUCAAAGCCUAAAAGGGAGGCGAAAGGUCUGUAA